UUUAUAUAUAGUACGUACUAUAUGUACGAUGCCUACACUGCAUACUCCUCCCCUACCGCCGAUCACCGUCGUAUCUUCUUCCAGAGAAGAUUCCGACGACCCAGUGAAGGGUAUGAUCCACAGUAUGCUAUCGUACGACGGGAACGUCAUGCUCGCGGCCGCCGUCAUAUCAUUACUCCUUGUAAUCCUCUUCGUCUUGCUCCUUCACCUCUACGCCAAAUGGUUCCUCACUCAAGCGCGUCACCCGAGCGGCAGCUCCGUCGCGGUGCCUCAAGUUUGGGGCGCCGCCGGCGGGUUUAGUCCUCACUUUCACGCGUUCCGGGUCGAGGUUGAGCGCGCGUUUCGGAAUUCUCCGGCGAAGAAACACAAAGGGCUCGCGCAGUCGGUGAUUUCUUCGAUUCCGGUAUUUGCGUACAAGGGAAUGGGGAAAGAAGAUGGGAAUGGAUUUGAGUGUAGUAUUUGUUUGAGUGGAUUUGAAGAUGGAGAAAUGGGGAGGAAGUUGCCUAAAUGUCGCCAUGCAUUUCAUGCAGAGUGUAUCGACAUGUGGCUGUAUUCUCAGUCCUCCUGCCCGAUCUGCCGAGCUCCGGUGACGCCGCCUGAAAUUACUUAUACCAGUUCGCCGCCGGGAGACGAUCGGAACAGCGAUGGAUGGAGGCAUACGCCGUUGCAGAUCAUGGUUGAGGUUCCAAAUGAAGAGAAUACUGUAAAUGACGACAGAAACGAGAGGUUUUCGGGAAGUAGAAGACCGUCUUUUUCCUCCGGCGCCGGAGCCGGGGAUCUAUAA